AAGGGCAUAUAGUACAUCUUUCACAUGGCCAGCUGUGAAAAACAUGGCAGUUUUACUUUGAUUAAAACCAUGGGCGGUUUAUCUACCGCAACAUAGUAUAAGUACCCCAUAAUCUCCGUGUUCGUUAUCGUCUGCGUCAUAGAGCCGGAAAUUAGAUCGGAAGAACGCAAAGAGUUGGGUCAAAAUGGGCAACAACGGAAGCACUCAGAACGACACUCAAACCGAGGAGGAUUCCAGUUCCUAUGCAAAAGCAGCGAAGGUGGCUGGUGCAGUAGCGGCAGGUGUGGGUGUGCUGGCUGGUGCGGUUGCUCUGCUAUCAACUGUAGCCUCAGAGCAGCCAGGACCAACCGCAAAAGUGAAAACGAUGAAAGCCCCAGGAAGGGAAGAUACUCGCAUUUCCAGGGAUCACUUUGAAGGGAACGCCCAACAAUACUUUCAAGAGCUUUAUUAUGAAAUGAAGAAAAGACCAACCGCAAAAGUGAAAACGAUGAAAGCCCCAGGAAGGAAAGGUACUCGCAUUUCCAGGGAUGACUUUGAAGGGAACCCCAAACGCUACUUUCAAGAGCUUCGUAAUAAGAAGUGAAAACAUAUGACAUAGACUAGUGCUUGCUGCUGCUUGCUUUAUGUGUUUUCUGUUUGAAAUAUUAAUAUUUCCUAUGUAUUAUCGAUUUCGUUUAGUUUGAAUGAUUUCUUUUCCUUUUAAUUGUCUGUAAAAUAGUAUGCACCCACCAUCCCCCACCACACACAUAUAUAUUAUAAAUGGAGUGUUGAGAUGCA